CGUUCAACCUGGUUCAACGUUCGUCAUUUCUAUUUUUAGUUUGUGGAUAGUUUGUGGUAUAGUGUAAAAAGGAAAAGUUAUUAAUGUUGAAAAUUACAUAUAUUUAUUGGAAGAGUUUUUCAUAGUGAUUAACCGUUUCUGUUUUUUAAAUUAAGCUCUUCAAGGAAAGUUCCGUGUUUUGUAAUCACCCCAUAUUUUACUAAAAAUAUUUAGCACCAGAGGCUGCUGUUUGCCGCCUGUUUUCUUAAGAGCUAAUGUGAUUAUUCUUUUGCGGAAUUUUUAAGGAAAUCUUGACUUAAAAACUCUAACAUAAAAUAUUUUCAAGAUGGUUGACGUUGAUAAGCUUUCUGAUGCAGAACUUCGCACAAAGCUUCUUGAAUUUGGUUUUCCUGUGAUGCCUAUAACAGGAACCACAAGAAAAGUUAUGACAAAAAAAUUAAAACUUUUAUUAGAAAACAAAAAUAGAGUUGGAUCAUCCGAUGGAAGAAGAUCUUUAGGCAGAUAUUCUAGUGAAGAGGAAAGUGAUACAGAUGUUAAAUCACUGAAAAAAGAUAGGAAUCGCAGAGCUACCAUGGCUGCUCCUGUUUCCAGCACUACUUCAAAAUCAAAAAAGAUAAUAGUUGAACCUGAGCAUGUUAACACCAGCCCUAAAAAACGUGAGGGUAGAACAACUACAACAACUACGCGCACUCAGAAGAUUGUUACAACAGCUCAAGAUGAAUUUGAUACGGGAUCUGAUUCAGAAUCUGAUGUUUUAGCAACAUCCCAGAAAUAUGAUACAAAUUUGUAUGAUUCUGGUUCAAAAUAUGAUGAUUCAACUAAUGAUGUUGAAUUUAAUAAACUGGGCUCAUCGAAGAAGUCUUCUCUGUCAAACUCCUAUUCUAGAUAUUCUCCACCAAAAUCUGAAGAUUUGAGUUACAGCAGCCCAAAAGUGUACAAUUCCAGUUCACCAUCUAGAUAUACAUCUGCUGGUGGCUCGUUAGCUUCUGAUUAUGCAGCUGACAGGCUCAAUCAAAUACGAUCAAGAUUAAGUUUAAGUACAUCAGGUUAUGAGAAACCAGCCUCAUAUUUAUCAUCCAAUAAUGAUGCAGUGGAGGAAAAAGAUACGCCAUUUUUAAGUAAUUUCACAAAGAGGCUUUCAUCCCUAAGUGCUUCGAAAAAAUCAGAUUUCAAUAGUAGAAAUGACAUGGUGAAAGAACAUGAUACUAAUGGAUCAUCCUUGUAUGGAAAAUCAUAUCUAUCAAACUUUAAAUCCAAUAGGAAUCGUGAGAAUGCCUAUGCUUAUAAAACUAGGGACAACGACGGAAAAAGCAACUUCGUAUCUUAUGCCGUUUUAGCAGGUGCCGCCUUGUUUUUUGUUUUCCUCGCUGUUGUAUACCUGGGAAUGAAAUCUGACACGUCAGUUGUUACUUCUGGUUUUGUUACUCCAAUAUGUACGCCAUUUAGAAACAAAAUAGGCUUUAAUUGCAUCAAUCCGGAAGACGCUCAAGAUGCUGUGAAUCUUUUAAACAGUAUAAAGCCCGAAUUACAAAAGAGAUCUGUUGCUUCUCGUUGCUUCGAUUCAACCAUUAAACCGCAAAUGACCGAAUCGGAAAUUGUGACGUUUUGCCAGACGAAUUAUGCUAUUGAUGAUAUUAAUAUCAUAAUGAAUGACCUAAGAAACCUAGAAUUAAUGAUAUUUUCUAAUCCGGAAUGGGGUGUCAGUAUUGCACAAACAGAGAAUAAUAACGGGCCAGUUUCAGAAGAUAAUGUGGUGAAAAAUAUGGAACAAGUUCUGUCUAAGAGCGACAGUAAAGUGACGAGCCUAAUAAUACUAAAUCCAGACUUGCCGUAUAGAUGUAGCAUAUAUAAUUCUAUUACGAAGUCCUUAUAUGCGUUAACUCUGGUGGGAAUUAUAUUUGCUGUGUUAUAUGCAUUUAGUUUUGGGUUUAAAAUCUACAGGAGAUAUGAAGAAAAGCAAAAAGAUGAGAUUAAUUAUACGGUAGAGAGGAUAAUCGAAAUUCUACAAAACGCAGCGCUAGAAGAAGGAGGUGAAAACUACGUUGUGAUUAAUCAUGUACGGGAUAUGAUUUUAAAUAUCAAAGAGCGAAAAGCUAAACAAUAUUAUUGGGACAAAGCAGUCAAAUACAUUAACGAAAACGAAUCAAGAGUGCGUACUGAAGUUCAGACGGUGCACGGUGAAUCUUUUGACGUCUGGCGUUGGAUUGGAUUUUCAAAUCUGAGCAUGUCUGGUGACACAACUGACUACAAAUACCGCCCAGGCCGUCGCAUUGUCGACGUACAGUAUUUAGUUGAUCACAUACUUCAAUUUCCUCACAGAGCUUUAUAUUUCUGUUCGUCAAAUAACGUAGAAAUCAAAAACGAAAUUAGGGAGGGAUUUUUAUCAGUAUAUUUGCUAAGAUGCAAGAGAUGCCAAAAAGAGUAUGCAGUAUGUAGCGAAGAACCUAAAACGGAACUGUUAGAUGUCAAUUUAGCAUUUGUAGCUGGGAUCGUGAGUCUCGGUUUAGAUUUGUAUCAGUUAAAUGAACUGUGUAGUGCAAUACAUAUUCCCGCUAUACCCGGUAAAGAUUAUAAAGCUUACUUAAAUGAAAUACGUAAAAUUUAUAACCAGGACAAAUCAGAUACCAAAGAUGAGAGUUUCAAUACCGCAGAGUUAUUGAGUUCUACACCAAAAUCAGAUAAACUUGGUCAAGAAAAUAUAUUAGAUGAUUCGAAAAUUAGAAUUAAUAAAUUGUUAGGUGUGGUAGAUGAUUCGAUUGUACCUUUAGAUUUCGAUGAAAGAAAAAAGUCUUUUUUGUCUGAAUUGCAGAAAGAUAUAGAUAUAAUUGAAAUUCUCACUCAAAGUCAAAAAGAUAACGAACAGUGGUUUAUUGAAAGGAGAAAAAGACUUACCGCUUCAAAUUUUGGACGAAUAUAUAAGUUACUAGAUAAAACUGACAGAAGAAAUGUCGUGAAAGACUUGCUUUAUACAACAUUUACAGGAAGCGCUGCUACUCGGUACGGCCAAGAAAAUGAAGAUAACGCUAUUAAUUCCUUUCAAAGUUGCACUGGAAAAAAUGUUACAAAGUCUGGCUUGGUUAUACACAAAAUUUACCCAUUUCUGGCAGCUUCUCCCGAUGGCGUUAUUCUUGCAGAAAAUGCUUUAAUCGAAAUUAAAUGUCCAUACAAAGCACGUAACUCUAAUUUGCAGGAAGCGUUUCAUAAGAAAGAAAUUACAUUUGCCACUUUUACUGAUGGUAAACUAAAGCUGAAAAGAGAUGACAAGUACUAUUAUCAAGUGCAAGGUCAGUUGCAAGUGACAGGCAAACAAUUCUGUUACUUUAUUGUAUGGACCCCAAAAGACAUGGCCUUUGAGAGGAUUGAAAAGGAUGAUAAUUGUUGGGAACUGAUGUUUCCGAAAUUGGAAUCAUUCUACUUUGAGCAUCUACUGCCAGAAAUUUUAAAGAAAACUGUCUAAUUAGAAAGAUUUUAUUAUGAUGUAGUUUUAUUAGGUCUUUAUUAAAAGAUUUUAUAAUCUGUUGAUAUUUAAAUUUAUAGUAUUUAUAUAUUAUAAAGCAUAAAAAUACUUAUAAACUAUAUGUUAUGCACUUUAUAUUUAAAUCUUGAGUCAAUUGUGUUUACUUGUACGUGCUUUAAACUACUAAUGAAUUAAAUAUGCGUAGGCUAGUGUCACAUUUAUCAUUGAA